UCGAAUAUUAUAUGAAAUAGUGCCGAUUUCAAAGGUUUCUGUGUGUGGUUCUGAAAAACACAGUUUUGUAUAUUUUUAACAAAUUGUUUGGUCGUUGCACUUUUUUGCUUUUAAAACAUGUGAGAUUAUUUAUGUAACAAAUAAAAUGUCAUUUGUUCGGAAUACUCGUUAUUUAAUGGGGCGCAGCAUUCAUAAUAUACAAAAGCGCAGAUUUGCGGAUGAGAUGAAACUUACUUUCGCUGCUGCUAAUCAAACAUUUUAUGAUCAAUCGGAAGUUCGUCAGAUUGAUGUUCCUUCAUUCAGCGGAAGUUUUGGUAUUCUUGCAAAACACGUACCCACUUUAGCCGUUUUGAAGCCUGGUGUGGUGCAGGUCAUUGAAAACGAUGGAAAAACCUCAAAAUAUUUUGUAUCAAGUGGUUCAAUAACAGUAAAUGAAGACUCAUCUGUUCAAGUUUUGGCUGAGGAAGCGCAUAAGGUCGAGGAUAUUGACGUUUCUGAAGCGAAACAGCUUUUGUCACAAUAUCAAUCACAAUUAAAUUCUGCUUCCAGUGAAGAAGCCAAAGCGGAAGCAGCCAUAGCUAUUGAAUGUGCAGAGGCUCUUGUCCGCGCUGCAGAAUAAAAUCAAUUAUUUUCUCUACAUCGUCAAGGUCACAGAAAAUGGUAUACAAAAUGAAUAUCUGUUUGAAUGUUCAAACUGAAACUCAUAUUUAAAGUUUGAAUAAACUAUAAAAAUGCCGACAUUUGAUGA